AUGGCGCACAACCCUGUGUUCGACCGCGUGCAGUCGGUCCGGUCGGCGCUCGCCUUUGACCGCAAGCGCUAUGCGCCUGUGCAACCGGCGUCCGCUGGCGUCUGCAGCCGCCAACGCGCCGUCGCGAUCUAUGCUGGGCGCGUUGCCCGCGAGGUGUGUCGGCGCGGCUGCCGGGCACUUGGCCGCGGCUUCUCGUGGAGCAUGGUCUGCCUUCAUCACAGCUAUACGCGCUGCUUCAGCCGCGUCAACCCGGUCCAUGGUAGCAGCGACGAGACGGCCACGCGUCGCCGCGUCACGCCGCCCGUGGCCAUCUUUUUGUGCCUCAUCCUCUUCACCAUCGUGCGCUUUGUUUUGUCCUUGCCGCAAAUGUACUACGCGCGGACGCAGUAUGCGCCUCGGGUGCACACGGACGAAGCCAGCAUUCGGUCCAAGAUCUUGUUGAACCACGCGCCGGGGCUUGACGUCACCAAGGCCAAGUUGCGCUGGCAAGACUUUGAACCCGACGAUACUUCCACUUUGUGCAAACACACCGCCGAGACGACAGCGUUCAUUACCGACGCCCGCGGCGCCACGUGUAGCCGCGAGUCCUUGCUGCCCUCGGGGUGCUGCCCAGUGGCUGCGAGUACUGUUACCUUCAGCUGUACCUCUUGCAACGUCGCCGCACCCCACUGCUGCAGCGAGUACGAGCGCUGCGUAUCGUGCUGCAUGAGCCCCGACCAUCGUGAGAUUCUGCGGCAUUUCCUCCUGCACGCCAACCCCGCCCACCCCGUGUACGGCGCACCGCACCACCUGAGCGUCUUUGGCUUUUGCGCGUUUCGGUGCCGAACGUCGUCGGCCAGUGUGCAGCACCAAAAUUCCUACCGCAGCACGAAGAAACACUGCUACGGGCUCCACCGACCUCGUAAGGAGCUCUCGGUCGUCAAUAGCGAUGGCACCGCCAACAAGUCGGCCGCGUUCGAUGCCAGCCUACCAAUACCCACAAGUCCGCUCGAGUGGGACCCGUUCUACGCUCCGCCCGCGGCCUAG